AUGGACUCUUGGGUACUGGCCGCCUGCUCAUUGAUGGUGAGGUGGUGGUGGACAACAUUAAGAACCAGAAGCAGGGCUCUGCCUUCUUCCGCCGUGGAGCAGGCAAAGACAGCCGAGCAGGCUGUCAUCUUCGCAGGCUUAAUCAGCGAAUGGGAAACCGAAGGUUACGAUCUUGACCACAUGGAUCUGCCUCGGGCAGUGACGAACUCAUCACACUCUGACACACCCGUUACAAUGCCCUUGGUAAAAGAUGCGCGCGCCGUGGUACAGGCCUGCUUCGGCGGUGACGAGUGUAGCAACAGUAUCGCAGAUGUGCUCUGCGGCGACGUGAACCCUCCGCAAAAUUGCUAG